CGGCUUUGAUACAAUUCCAUAGCUAGAUUUAUUACUAGAGAAAUAAGUUUCUUGACAUUUACAUUUUCUGCUUUUUCGGAGUACACAACCUUAUGUUCAUUGAACGCACCUUCUUAGGACCUAGCCUCACCAGUUAUAUACCAUUUCGUAGAGAAUUGAAAGGCAAAUCUUUUGAUAUAAGAAUGAUCUCGAUCGACUUUGAGGAAGAGAAGGAAUUUCAAAAGCACUGACAGUCUAAUUUAUUCUGCGCCACCCGUUAAAUGAUACGGUAAAAACGAAAGCUGUUUGAUAUUUCAAAAGAGCUAUUGAUAUAUUAUCAUUUAUACUAAAAUUACUACUCCUAAACAAGUUCAAUGCUUCGAACGUUUUUAUUCCAGCAUUUUUCAUAUUUAGCAGGUACAGCCGCAUUUCAAUUUCCAUCGAGUUUUUACGGUUGGAAAUCACGUGAAAAUAUCUUAAAACAAUUGAAACUCUAGUAUCUUAUAUGUGGAGAACCUUCCAGAAAAUAAUCUUCACUUUUUCAAAAAAAUCUUUGUCACUCCUCUUCCAGAGAUGGGCGAGUACUCGAAUUUACUCGAGUACAAAAUUUUCAGUACUCGUACUCGUACUCGGGACUUUUUUUACGAGUACUUAAAGAUGUACUCGAGUAUUUUCGAGUACUUGAAAUUUUUUAACAUACAAUAACCUAUAAUUAAAAUAACUUUUUUCAUGAGUAUUUUCUUCUUUUUUCUUAAAAAUUUUCGUACUCGAGUAUUUUCUAAAAAAGUAUUCGAGUACUUUUUAGAAAAUACCCGUACUCGUACUCGAGAAUCUGCGUACUCGCCCACCUCUAUUCUCUUCAAACUAAAAGUCAAGGGCAUUUUACUUUUAGCAGGCGAUUCAGUCGAGGACACUUCAGGAGGAUAUUAAAUAGCGAGGACAUAUAGAUCAAUCUAAUCAAGAAAUUUUAAAAGCUUAUUCGGUUAAAACCAACUCCAGAUUUGAACUCUUCAUAGUCGAUUGUCUUGCAUAAAACAAAUCUUGGAUCUACGUACUGUUAUAGAAUUAUUUUUCAUUGGUUUCCUCAAUAUGUUUUAAAGAAGUUCAUGGAAAAUAUCAAGAAAUUUUUACGAGAUUGAUAUGGCACUACCAGUGUUGAGAGCAUAAGAUGAUACUCUGUAAAAUAAACAGGAUAUCGAGAGUCCCGAUUGAGAUUUUCCUAAGACAAGUUAACAAUCUCGAGAAAAGGGACAUAGUUUCGGAGCUUGUAGAUGCGAUUUAAGUGAAGACCGUGUAUUUCAGAUGAAUGUACUUAAAAGCUAACUUCUCUAAAUAGUGCAUUAAAUCUCAUAAAUAUUACAUAAAAUAUUGAUAAACGGUCGCGUUACGAGGUCUUCCAAAAAACGUGAUCUGUUUUAACUGCAAAAGUUUCACACUGUAUAGUUUUUGAUAAUAGGGCACUGCGGAAUGCUUUCGAAAAAAACUGCAUCUGAACAUGACUCGUUCAACUAUAUUAUUCAAGAAAGCUUCUGGACUUUUCUUUUCCACUCUCUAUUGAUUUACAAACAUUAAAAAAAGAAAUAAUUGAUGACACAUCUGCUUCUGGAACGUUUUUUGUUCUUAAACACACGUCGACAAAGUAUUAGAUUUAUUUUAAGACAGUAAAUCAUGUAUCUGGAUGCCUUUUCAACGAAGUUCCAGCAUUUUCUCGAGUUACAUCGUCUGACAUAUUUUUUACUCGGAAAAAUACGAAUGUAAUAGUUUUACUCAGCCGUUUCUUAUGUCUCACUGGAAAAAAAUUUUCAAUGUUCGAUAUCAUCACAUAGCUUUAAAAGUGAAAGUAUAACUGCUAUGCUUUGCAGUAUAGUUUUUGGAAGUAUACUGUAAAUUUUCAGUUUCUGUUCAAAAUACGAAGCGAUUCUUCCUCUGAUUCAUACACAAUUGUACGUGAGUAUAAUGCAGUAUUUUCAUGUGAGAUUUUUUCUUUUUUUCUCUAUCACAUUCUUCUUCUGAUGAUGCUCUCUAGUCUAGUAAUCCUAACCAGACAGAACAGAAUAAAAAACAAGGUCUUUUUUUCCUACGCAUAUAUAGAGAUACAGACACGUACAUUUGUUAAAGCUGGAGCCGCCUUCAUAUUCUUGAGUCAUAUUGAUUUCUUUUUUCUUUUAUAAGACUGGAACGAGAAAAAAAAGAAGUUUUUCUGUUUUUUUUUUUUGUUCGACUCGUAUAUAUUUUAUAUAUAUAUAUCUCAACACGAACAGCUUUUUAUUUUGUGUUCAGUUCUUCUUUGUUAACGGUAUUACGUCAGUGAUGUCUCAGCAUAUUAAAACAGGACAUUUGAGAUAUUUUCAUAGUGAGUAUUAACCUAUAUGAUGAUUAAUUGUACUAUUCACUAGUGCAAACUAUGUUUUAUCUGAAUUAUCUUCACUAGCACCAUUUUAUCUACUAUUGACAGAUCCGCUCUGACUGUAAGAAGCUAUUGACAAAUCUCUUCAAAACAUUUUCUGAUAACUGUUUCAACAAGUGACUUGGACAAAUAGAAUUUUGUUUGCUCACAUACUUUUUUCGUACUUAUCAUUCUCUUAUUCAAGCUUCUUGCUGCCAGAUCAGGUCUGCCAAUAGACUUACUUUACAACCAAACUGGUAUUUUUGAAAGACAAAAUUCUCGAGAAAUAUCUGUUCUAUUUGUUUUAAUUUGAACUCUCAUUGUUAAUAUUUCUAAUAAUUUUCUGUUCGUUUCGUUUUGUUUAGAAGGAUUAAUAACCAAAAAAUGGAAGGACUAUUAUUUUGUUUUAUUUGAUAAUAGUACAUUGCAAUGGUUCGAAAAACAGUCGGAUCGUAAACCAGAAGGAAGUGUUUAUAUUAAAGAUGUUGCCCAGUUUCUAACUGUCGGCCCAUAUACAAGAUGUAUACAAAAUCGUCCAUCAUUUCCAAAACCAACUGAUGAAGGCAAUGUUAUUGCUAUGCCUAAAUCACCUCAUAAUCGUGAUCACGAUAUCCUUUGGAUAUUAUGUAAUGAUGUAACACACCUAAAUGACUGGAUGAAAGCAAUUGUGUCAACUCUUCCUCCUCCACCUCAAGCUCCUCAACAGCCACAACAACAGGCUGGAGCACCCCAUCCUUCAACAAUGCCGAGUGGUCCACCACCACCUUAUCCAGCUCAACAAUAUUCUCAACAACAGAACCCGAUGUAUCCAAAUUUAAAUCAACAGCCACAAUAUCGUCCACAACAACCAAAUUAUCCAUAUUCAUCUCAACCACGUGGUGGAUUAACUGCACAACCAAAUUAUCACACAACAGUUGUCGUUCAACCAUCUUCGUCGGGUUAUGAUCGUGGUGGGGGUUAUAGUCGAGGUGGCGGCGGAUUUGGAUCGGGAGCAUUAACCGGAGUCGGUUUAGGACUUGCUAGUGGUGCUCUUCUAGGAGGUACACUAGGAUACGCAUGGGGUAAUUCUUUGGGAAUGGGCGGUUGGGGUCAUGGUGGAGGCUAUGGAGGCGGCGGUUAUGGAGGCUGGGGCGGUGGAAAUUACUCAGAUAAUGAUACGACAAAUAUUGUCAAUAAUUAUUAUAAUAAUGAUACAACAACAAAUAAUAACACUUCAAAUGAAUCUAAUCAGUUCAGUGAUACUGCAAAUUAUAAUGAUUAUCAAGAUCAAACUAAUGAUACAUCAAAUUUCGAUUAUGGAAAUGAUACAAGUAACUAUUAUGAAAGUGGAGGCGAUUAUGGCGGAAGUUUUGAUACUGGCGGGGGAUUUGAUACUGGUGACUAUGGAGGCGGUGAUUAUGGGGGCGGUGAUUUUGGCGGUGGUGAUUUCGGUGGUGGAGACUUUGGCGGAGGUGAUUGGUAA